GGAGAAGAAGCUAACUUGAAGCUCUCCGUGUUGAUAAAAAAACUCACAGAUCGGAAGUUCACCGGAGAAAUCAAAGUACUAGUAGAGAGGCUUGAUUCUCCGAACAUGGAUGUGAUAAAGACGCAGCAGAUAUCAGCAAGGACGAUCGAGAAAGUGGUCGUUCAUCCACUCGUCUUGCUUAGCAUCGUCGACCAUUACAACCGCGUCGCUAAAGACUCGCGCAAGCGCGUUGUCGGUGUUCUUCUCGGAAGCAGCUCACGUGGCAUCGUUGACGUCACCAACAGCUACGCAGUGCCCUUUGAGGAGGAUGACAAAGACCCGAGUAUCUGGUUUCUUGAUCACAACUACCAUGAGUCAAUGUUCCACAUGUUCAAGAGAAUUAACGCCAAGGAGCAUGUUGUAGGUUGGUACAGCACGGGACCUAAACUUAGAGAGAAUGAUUUGGAUGUCCAUGCGUUGUUCAGUGGCUAUGUUCCAAAUCCUGUGUUGGUCAUUAUUGAUGUCCAGCCUAAAGAACUUGGAAUCCCCACUAAGGCUUACUAUGCUGUAGAGGAGGUCAAGGAGAACGCUACUCAGAAAAGUCAGAAAGUCUUUGUUCAUGUGUCUACUGAAAUAGCUGCUCAUGAGGUGGAGGAGAUUGGUGUGGAACAUUUGCUCAGGGAUGUGAAAGACACAACUAUCAGUACCCUGGCCACUGAGGUCACUGCCAAGCUUACUGCUUUGAAGGGGUUAGAUGCACGUCUUCGGGAGAUCCGUAGUUACCUUGACCUUGUGAUUGAAGGAAAGCUCCCUCUUAAUCAUGAGAUUCUAUAUCAUCUGCAGGACGUUUUCAACUUGCUACCAAAUCUUAAUGUGAACGAGUUGGUAAAGGCCUUCUCAGUGAAAACAAAUGACAUGAUGCUGGUUAUCUAUCUAUCAUCCCUCAUCAGGAGUGUAAUUGCGCUCCACAACUUGAUUAACAACAAGUUGCUGAACAAGGAACAUGAAAAAGCAGAGGACUCAAAGCCCGUGGCAAUACCCGCCACCAGCUAAAUCACACUGACCAGAUGUGAUUUAUACUCGUCUCUUGGGAUAAAGGCAGCUGGCUGUUCACUGUUGUGUGUUGUCUCUCUCUCGAAAGUGAAAGUGACAAGUCGGGUCUCUUUCCCAAGUGUUGAUUUUCAUCUGUUGUUUUGGAUUCAGAAUGUGUCAAGGAGUCUUCUUAUUCGUUUUAUCUGUCAAGAAUGGUUAGGGAUGAUACAAAGUUUCAUACGUUAAUGUGUCGAAAUCUCACCAAAAAAAAAAGACCAUUAGUCCUAUUGAAGAUAAUUUUGACACCUACUUGGCGUAUGUCAGUGUGUUUAA